AUGGAACGCUCUCGCCUCGCCGCAUCCCCCCUUCUCUCCGCCCAUCUGCUGUUCGCCGCCGUAUGUGUCAUCGCCAUCUUCUCUCUCACUUUCAUCGCUACUGGGUUCGGUUCCGCCGGGCGGCCAAGAGCAGCUUCGCUCAUCGACAGUGCCAUUCCAGACACCGCAGCGUGCUCUCUGGAGGCUGAUUUGGACCGAUUCAGGGAGGGGAAUCUCCUGCCAUUGAUCAAGACCAACACGUCAUCCUCUCAGCAAUUCCACUGCGUUCGGGCGUCAAGCCCACCUGUGGCUGUCAGGGGGUGCGGCGAUUGCAGUGGCCCGCCAAGUGUUGCUUUCCUCUUCCUGGUGAAAAACAACGUGCCGCUGGCUGCCCUUUGGGAAGAAUGGCUCGCUUUGUCGAUGGACAGGCGUCGUUUCACAGUCUACUUGCACAUACAGGAGGGCACCGGUGCGAGUGAGCCGCCCAGCAGCCUUAGAGGAGCUAUAUCAGUCGAGAGAGUCAAGACGAGCUAUGGCAACUUUGUCCUCGCGGAGAACGCCUUGUUGAAGGCCGCCCUUCGUGAUCCGUGCAACCAGAUGAUGGUGCUGGUGACUGUCUCGCACAUUCCAGUGAGCCAUCCUGAUGUGGCGUAUGACGUCCUCUUCCAACACAGAGUGCCCGAGACCGGCGGGCAGCCCACAAGCCGAUUCUGGUAUGGGUGUGUACACAGAAUAUGGUGCUGAGAAAGACAGACGAGGCGAAACAUACGUGCUCAUUGCUUGUCUGUCUCUGUGCGCUUGCAGUUAUGCGAAGGCCAAGCCGUUCGAAAGGUAUGCAGCGUGCACGUACCGUCCAUUCCAUUCCUGUCUCCUAUGCUAAACUACGUCCAUCAGGUCAACACACAAGGGCAUGGGAAACAUGGACUUGGACCGCACCCCAGCAGACACAGCAAGCCCUUCUCCGUCUUGUCAAGAUGCGGAGAGCACUAUCGGAUACGGUAGGCACUAUCCGACGGAAACAUGGAUAUUCAUGCGCGCAUUUCUGCUACGCACCUUUCUUUGUGCAGAUCUCAAGCACCACCAGUGGCGGGCGUGGAACCGGUACCACGCCUCGAUCGUCGUCGCACAGGGCCUUACUUAUCCGUACGACGGCCUUCCUUGGAACCGUGGCCAUGGCCCGUACGCAGACCCGAGUGAGUGGUUUGGACAUCACGUGCUUAGGAGGGCACUUGGGAAUGGUGCCGUAUGGAAGCAGGUAGUGUACGGGACAGCAGCAUUGGCCAAAUUAUCACAUCGACGGCAUGUCAUGUGUGGCUGGCUGCCCAUCCAGGUGAACGGUGGCCUGCAAACCAAUCACACCGACCGGUGUGAUGACAAAAUCCUCACCGAAUUCUGCGAUACUAAAACCUGCUGGAGCGCCGACGCCUGCGGCUACGGCAUGGGGCGCUCCUGUUCUCCCAGCGGCCCGCUUUGCUUCUCUUCUCUUAAUCUGACCAAACUGACGGAGACUAUCUCUUCCAGGCACCCGCUCUUUUUCAGGAAAGUCCCGCCAGAUGCAACGCUUUUUGAUGAGGGUGGAAGAGAGGUGGGUAGGGUGACUGACUUGCUAAUACCACUCAUUCGAAACUACAGCAGGCCUGUGUUAGUCACGAGUAUAUGAAUCAGUAUGUGUGUGUUGUCUCCUGUCUCUUUUUCCGUCGUACCGGCUAUAGCAUUCCCUUGCACAGACUGUCCUGGGUGGUUGAUUCGUCGUAUGUCUGAUUGUAUAUUUGACGUGAUUUACACAGUACAGUAGGCCUCUGUGUCGUAAUAAUAG